GGGAGGGAAGCCCGAGCCCCCUGCACCACUCCACACCGACCACCUCCACUCCAAAGCCGGAUUUUGCAUUUUGCAUCCUGGGGGCGGGGCAGACCGGUCCCGGGCCGAAUUCUCUUUCUACUCCUCGAGGUUGGCACACCCAGAAUGAAGAAGAUGAGCAACAUUUACGAGUCGGCGGCCAACACGCUGGGGAUCUUUAACAGCCCCUGCCUGACCAAAGUGGAGCUGCGUGUGGCCUGCAAAGGCAUUUCUGACAGAGACGCCCUCUCCAAACCAGACCCCUGCGUCAUCCUCAAGAUGCAGUCGCACGGGCAGUGGUUCGAGGUUGACAGAACAGAGGUGAUUCGCACCUGCAUAAACCCAGUGUAUUCAAAACUGUUUACUGUGGACUUUUACUUUGAAGAGGUGCAGCGCCUGCGGUUUGAGGUCCAUGACAUCAGCAGCAACCACAAUGGGCUGAAAGAGGCCGACUUUCUUGGUGGCAUGGAGUGCACACUUGGCCAGAUUGUUUCCCAGAGGAAGCUGUCCAAAUCCUUGCUGAAGCACGGGAACACGGCAGGGAAGUCCUCCAUCACGGUGAUUGCUGAAGAAUUAUCCGGCAAUGAUGACUAUGUUGAACUUGCAUUCAACGCGCGGAAAUUGGAUGACAAGGAUUUCUUCAGUAAAUCUGACCCAUUUCUGGAAAUUUUUCGUAUGAAUGAUGAUGCAACUCAGCAGCUUGUACACCGAACUGAGGUUGUGAUGAAUAACUUAAGCCCAGCCUGGAAAUCAUUCAAAGUAUCAGUAAAUUCCUUAUGCAGUGGAGAUCCAGACCGCCGGCUAAAGUGCAUAGUAUGGGACUGGGACUCCAACGGCAAACAUGACUUCAUUGGAGAAUUCACCUCGACAUUCAAGGAGAUGAAAGGAGCAAUGGAAGGGAAGCAGGUGCAGUGGGAGUGCAUCAACCCCAAGUACAAAGCCAAGAAGAAGAAUUAUAAGAACUCAGGCAUUGUGAUUUUGAAUCAAUGCAAGAUCCACAAGAUGCAUUCUUUCUUGGACUACAUCAUGGGUGGCUGCCAAAUCCAGUUUACAGUCGCUAUAGACUUCACGGCCUCCAACGGGGACCCCAGGAACAGCUGUUCCCUGCACUACAUCCACCCUUACCAGCCCAAUGAGUACCUGAAGGCCUUGGUGGCUGUCGGGGAGAUUUGCCAAGACUAUGACAGUGACAAAAUGUUCCCAGCCUUUGGAUUUGGUGCCAGGAUACCCCCAGAGUACACGGUCUCUCAUGACUUCGCAAUCAACUUUAAUGAAGACAACCCAGAAUGUGCAGGAAUUCAAGGAGUUGUGGAAGCCUAUCAGAGCUGCCUUCCAAAGCUCCAACUCUAUGGUCCCACCAACAUCGCCCCCAUCAUUCAGAAGGUCGCCAAGUCAGCAUCAGAAGAGACGAACACCAAGGAGGCAUCGCAAUACUUCAUCCUGCUGAUUCUGACCGACGGCGUCAUCACAGACAUGGCCGACACCCGGGAGGCCAUCGUCCACGCCUCCCACCUCCCCAUGUCGGUCAUUAUCGUGGGAGUGGGCAACGCUGACUUCAGUGACAUGCAGAUGCUGGACGGCGACGACGGGAUCCUGAGGUCACCCAAGGGAGAGCCUGUCCUUCGAGACAUCGUUCAGUUCGUGCCCUUCAGGAACUUCAAACACGCAUCUCCGGCUGCCCUGGCAAAGAGCGUGUUGGCUGAAGUCCCAAACCAAGUCGUGGACUAUUACAACGGCAAAGGGAUUAAGCCAAAAUGUUCAUCAGAAAUGUAUGAGUCUUCCAGGACACUAGCACCAUGAACUCCACGCACUUUUACAGAGUUCCGAAAUACUACUCCUGCUACUAUUUACUACUUCUACUGCUCCUGUACUUUAAAAAGCCACACAUUUAAAAAACUAGCACGUUUUGGUGAUUUUUAACUAACUGGCCAUUUUUUUUUUUUCUUUUUUGCAUGUGUAGCCCUAAGGCCUGGAUCUGGUAAGCCCUUGUAUUGUUAAAGACUUUUUACAGAGACACACAAAUUAUUCCAACUUACUCUUUACAUUACAGCAUGUCGACUUGAAAUAAAAUGGUAUCUGUAUCUGUUUUUUAUACAGGUUUGUUGAAAUUUUGCUAAAUUUCUUAUUAUCUUUACACCGUAAAGCAUUUUGAAACAACUACUGAACGUUGAUAGCCAAAACGUAUUUGGUUCUAUCUGCUACAGGA